AUGGAGUAUCGCGAAAUCGCCAAAUAUAUUUUGACAGGUUCACCAGACUGGUUCCAGUCAAACGUGGUGGCUGUCACGAAAUGGCAAACUCAUAACGAUGGAGGAUGUGCUUUUGUUGCGUUUACUUCCCGUUCUUAUAUACACAUCUUCAUCGUUAAACAAGAAACGAACGUGGAGUGUCAACCGAACUAUUCAUGGAGUUGCGUGGGUCAGAUAGUACCCCAUCAAGGCAAGAUAUCGGCAGUAGCCUUUGAUGAGUGUGCUUGUUUACGUGUAGUUUCGUGUGGUCUUGAUGGUUUGGUUCGACGCUGGACGUAUUUCAGUCAAGAAUGGUUGCUAGAGACCGAGUUUAAUAUGCAAAAUGUGCAGGGAAAUAUCAGCCCAACGGCUGUCAGCUGUUUCUCCAACUCUGCAAAUGAGUCGUACAACUUUGUGGGUACAGAUAAAGGGUUGCUUUUAGUAUGGGUUGUUGACUGUAAUACAAACAAAUCUUACCAUGUAUCUAAAAAAUUUGAAGACGAUCCUGUUGUGAUGUGUGCAUGGGAGAAAUCUACAGUAGUUCCUUCCAUUUCGCGAGUUGCCGUCGGUUACAAGAGGGGAAUAGUGUGUGUUUAUUCAUUUGGACCGUCGGAUAUUUUUUCGACUCCAAGCAUCGUACAGUUGACCCGCAUUUAUGCUCAUAAGGCGGAUAUCUGUCAUAUUGUAUGGCGCCAAGGCGCUUCUGCGUCAUCGUCAGAUCCUGAGCUUCUUACAUGUGGACGUGAUCAGAUGGUUAAGGUAUGGAAUGUCACCACUUCGGAAUGCACUUCAUCUUACCAAGUUCCCGGUCAUUUACGUGAACAAUUUGGAAAUGCUAGACGACAACACCAGAAAAGUGAACAAAAUGGAGCUCCAUGGAUAUCUGCUUGCUACACACCAGGAAGUGAUUCGUCAGUGAAUGUUUUAUUUUCAAGUGUAAGAGGUGGAUUAUUUCACUGGGAUUGCAAAGGAACGCCUAAUUCUAUGUUGCUUGACGGUCAGGGACAUUCUAUGUUAAUUUUCUCAAUGCACUACCUUCUUAAUUCACCAGGACUGGUAAUCACUUUCAGUCAAGAUAGAUUUUUGAUUAUUUGGCAGUUGGUGGAAGGAUCUAACCUGUCAGUGAUCCUUAAAGUACCUACGAUGUCUGCAGGUGUUUGCUCUUUAGCUCAGUCUGAAUUUAGCAAUGGUCCCUUAGUUGCAGGUCUUUCAGACGGUUCUAUCUUAUUUUGGAAGUUUCCUGCACCAGAAUUGUUUGGCGAAAGAAAUUCUUCUGAUAAUCAAAACAAAGAGAGGUUCGUUUCAAUAUCACCUCUAGGAUGCAAAUCAUCUUCUAUUACCACACUGUCUUGUCAUCCUUUACGGCAGUUUGAGAAUGUUAUUGCUUAUGGCACCGAGUCAGGUUGUGUGGAGAUUGUAGAUAUUAAUAAGCUACGAAAAAUGAAAUCGCAAAAGCCUAAACCGCAGCUGUAUGCAUUUGGUUCAACUGUAUAUCGAGUUGCCUGGGGGCCUCUACUAUUUUCUGAUAUAUGUCGUAGAAAGGCAAAUAAAAGUGAACAGAAUACUAGCGAAAAUCAUUCGAGAUCUGAUAAUCCUAGCGCUUCAACAACGCAUAUAAUUGCGCAAGAAGAUGAGAAUUCCACCGAGGAUAACGAAGCCUUAUCUAAGUUUUCUUUCUACGUUUACAGCAUAAGUAAGGGGAAAGUUUACUGUCAUUUUGGAUGCAGUCGUCCACCAAUUGAUGUUAGCACAAAAUUCCCCCCUUUUCCGGAUACUACAGAUGAAGACUGGAAAGCAUUGAUCCGUAGUGAGAUAUCAUUCCGUCUUGUCAGUAAAUCUGAACUACCGGGGGUCGAUCUAAUUGCUGAUACUUUUUACUGUCUAGUAGCUGUUGGUUAUCGUUCAGGUGAAGUUGACAUUUACGGUUUCUUACGUUCAAAAUCAUUAAAUUGUGAGGAGGUGGUGGGGCAGGAGUCUAGACGACUUGUCUUUAUUUGUCGUACUGUGAAUCAUUCCAAGUGUGUUAACUGUUUAACUUGGUCACGAGAUCAUUACUGGUUGGCUGUAGGUUCCAAUGAAACCUUUAUCACUGUCACAGAUCUCAAAAUUCAAUUAAUUAACUACCUUAAUCAAGGCGAAUGCUCUAAGCCUAUUCAACUGUCUACUAGUUUAGCUCGUUUAGAAGGACAUUACAACAGAAUCACAUGUCUAGAUUGGUCUCCACACGAUCCAUUCCUCUUAUUAUCCGCUUCCUUUGACGGUACAGCUAAUGUUUGGAGAAUUCAUCCUGAAAAUAUUGAAAAAGAUAAUUUUUCAAUCUCUAAUUUCCGUGCACUUCGUUUACGUCAUUUCGCUUGUCUAUGGAGUCGUCAAGAGCCUGAUCUUGCAUUCAGUGGUGGUGAAUCAUGUCAUUUGUUCGGUUGGCAACCGUCUGAACAACUCUUCAGUCAACCGCCACACACUCGCCGAUAUCGUCCACCCACUGUUAAAAAACUUGUAAAUGAUCAAGAAGCACCGUCCAACGGAGACAUUUUGUGUUAUGAGCCUGUUCCAACAGAAACAGAAUCUCUUCCUGAUUCUAAACCAUUAAAUGACAAAGAGUCAGAACAAAAGAAAGUAAUAAAAUCGAAUGACAUACUACCUAAUGGCACUUCUCAUCAAGAAAUGUCUAUUCCACUACAGUGUAAUUCGUCUCAGAAAGUAAAUUCUUCUGGCAUUGGUGAUAAAAUGAAAAGACCUGCUCUUUUUCCUAAUUUAUUCAAUUUUAUGAAUACUAAUUGUGAAUUAGACUUAGAUAACUCUCCACCCAUUCAAUUAGGAUCUUUUCUUUCACAAAUUUUAAAUGCUUCAAAUUUUGUAACUGAACAAGUGAAUGACAAACAAGUACAAAUUGAUUUGUUACUUCUACUCCCACAAGCUGGUAUGACUCGAGCAUGUCUUUUAAAAUAUUUGAAUAUGGAGGCGUCUGCUCAUUUGAAGUCAUUUCAUUGUCAACAAAAACCCAACAGUCUUGUACAUUUGGAUGCAUAUUGUAUUAUAUUAUUAUGGAUGGGUCAUGCGCUUACGGUGCCAUCUAUUAUGUCUUCAGAAAAUUACAUGCCUUUUUGGUUAUUGUAUGCAGUUGAGCUUACUCGAUGUACCUUGGCAUAUCCAGAUUCUUGUGGUAAGCUGUCGUCUUCGUCAGAAAAAUCUUCUGGAAGUGUGGAAUUGGAUUUACUAGGUGAAAAGAUUAGAAAUAUGCAAACCACUAGUGCUGAUACUCUCAUCUCUGCUACCCUACUGGUUUGUGCACAUCGUAUUCACGAAGCAAUUGAAUUACUGUUAAGUUAUGACAAAGUUAAAGAAGCUUUAAUACUGGCGCAUUUCCAUUUAAAAUCAUCAGAAGUUGUAAUAUACACAGAAAAGUGUAUAAAACGAUUCAUUGAUCGUUCAAGUUCAGUUGAAAAGGUAUUCUUUUCAAUUAUAUUCAAUAUUGGUAAAAAACAAUGGAUAAAUGCUAUGAAAAUGGUACAUCGUGCAGUUGAAAUUUCUAAAAUACGACCUGGUAAAGAAAUUGAACAACUUUCCUGGUGUUGGGUUGGUAUUAAUCUUCUUCUAAAUGCAUCAUCUUCAAAUCAUAAUGAUUAUUUGUCAAAUGAAUGUCUGCGUUUAUCAUCAAUGUGUUUAACAGUUAGUUUUCGGCUAUUUCCAAAAGAACCGCUGUUUCUUAAUCGUUGGUAUGAAGCAUUUUCACGCCUUCUUUCGUCAUCAUCAGAAACUACACCCUGCCCGGGUAUAGUAUGCAGUUUAAUGUUAUUAAAUAUCGGUCAGAUUGCACAUUUCUGUAUGGUUAGCUAUCAGGAGGAGAACGAGGAGGCGGCGGCGUUGGUGGUGAAUAAUGGUGAAGAAAAUAAGGAGGUCGUCUAUGGAUGUCUUAAAAAUGAUUGGAUGAAAAGCAUAACUAGUGAUUGUUUAACAUACUUCAGCCAGUUGAUUGCAGAUCGUCAACCCUCUUCACUAUGGGAAGUUUGUUUAACACAUUUCUGUAUAGAUUUUCUAUUAUUUUAUUUAAUACACAAUCAUUGUACACUGAAUAAACUAGUUCAAUUGGAUACUCUAACCGCUUAUAUUGAUCGAUAUGAGGCUAGUCGAAAGUCUUGUGAGUGUAUAAAACCGAGAGAAACAAGUUAUUUAAUUAGACAUUUAUUUUCAACUUAUAAAAAGAUUUUGAUAACUAAUGGUUUGAAUACAGACUCUGAGAUAUGUUGUAAUGGUACCUUCAAUGUGGAUGCAUAGAAAAAUAAGUUGAUUUUGUAUAUAUGUACAUAUAUUGUUCGCCUUCUUUGCUCUU